CGCUCGCCAAACGCGAGCUCUACUACCUCCAAACUUGAUGUCCAUCAUCAACACGUCUACUACCACCACCACCACCACCACCACCACCUGACCGCACCGUGCUGGCGCACCGCACCCUAAUGCCCGCUACACGCAGCGCUUCGCAAUAGACACGGAAUGCGAUGACUUCAACGCCUCGCCUGCGGUCUGGCUUCCCAGCGACCCCGGCCACCGCUGCGCGCCGUCAAAACCUGCAGCAGCAGACUCCCUCGACCGUGGGCUCCGUUGCCUCGUCCAACGCCGGCUCAACCACCAAGUCGCCGACCCUGCCCCUAGCGCCCGAGAACCAGUCGACGCACAAUGCCACCAGCCGGCCCGUCAUCCCUCUCACCUUCCUCGACGCGCCCCAGCAGCGCCUCUACGCAUUCGGCGUCUACGUGCUCUUGUGGGCUUGGAAGCUCUACGACUGGCUGCAGGUCGUCGAGGAUGGCGACUCCUCGUGGUGGCUCUUCCUAAAAUGGAUCUUCAUCGACUUCGCCUUUCUCUAUGGCCUGCCCGAGCUCCGUAUACCCUGGCUCGAGCUCUCCCAGGCCCUCGUCACCGGCGUCUUCAUGUCGCACCUCGUCCUCAACUACAUGCUCAUGUUCAAUAUUCCCCUCCCCUGGCAGUCAUGGCUCGUCGGGCUCGUCAAGAUUCUCUACGACCGCGAACUCUCCAUAUCCGAACACAAUGUCAAGGUCGCCAACAUCCUCAAUAACCACUCUCUCAUCAUGGGCAAGCAAAUCAUCAACAUCCUCCCCGAAGGCUCCGCCGUCCUCAACCCCGAGCAUAUUCCCUACUGCUUGGGACCCAAGUCCAAGGGCGGCGUUGCCUUGCCCAUCUACUUCAACUCUAGCGUCCCCGCCGAGAUCGAACUAAUCCGCAUCGACCUCGAGACCAACAAGCAGGAGACAAUCAAGGUGCCCAGUCGUGAGGUCAACAAGGUCGCCAAGUCGAUCCGCGAUCAGAUGGGGGAUCCCAACUCGGCCGGCUUCAACUGGCAAUUCCAGGUCAAGAAGCCCGGCGUCUAUCGACUCGCAAAGGUCCUCGACGAUUACAAGCUCGAGGUUCAGAGAACAAACAAAGACACUUAUGUUGUCCCCUGUCCCCAAGCCCGGAUCAAGACCGCCGACUCGACGCAGCGGUGCAUCCGCGACUUGUCCGACCUGUCCCUUGACGUGUUUGGCACGCCGCCGCUCAAGAUUGUCUACCGCCGAACGAUCAACGGCAAAAACGACGGAUUUCAUUUCCAGAGUCUGCAGCCGGACGGCUUCAUCUCGCCCCUCCUCCAGGGCACAUCAGAUGCCAUUAUUAGCAACGAGGACGACUUCUCUUGGGUCCGUCCCUCCAAGGUCACUGUUGGGCUUAACGAGUCCAUGACCACGGCAGGAGAGUGGGAGUACUCGGUGGAAGAAGUUCACGACGCUUUCGGCAACAUUGUCAAAUACGCGGAACCAGGGGCUGAAGCCGAUCAUGCAGUUUCUCGGGGGCUGACCCAGCGAUUCGCGGUCAUGGAGCGGCCCAAGGUUCGCCUCGCAAACUGCGACCUUAGAAACCCCAUCAAGGUUGCAAAGGGCAAGCCUGCGAAGCUGCCUGUCAACUUUGGCGUCUCAGGGGCCGUUACGGACACGUCGUACAAGGUUACCUGGAAGUUUUCUCCAAUCGAUUCUCUCACCAACAAUGGAGAUCACGGCGAGCAAGUUUCCCUAGGAGAGCACUCGGCCAAGAGCUCUCGCGACAAACCCGUCGUGUCCGAACCCGGCCUGUAUACCCUUGAUUCCGUCACCAGCGGCUCAUGCGAGGGCGAAGUGGCGGAGCCCUCUUCCUGCCUCCUCUUGAACCCACUUGAGCCUCAUCUCUCCAUCAAGACGGAAGAUAUCCCCGACAAGUGCGCUGGGAACUCGAUCGGUCUCCGGGUCGACCUCGAUCUGGUUGGCACGCCGCCGUUCGCAGUCAAAUAUGAGAUCAUCACAGAUGGUCGGAACGAAAAGCAGGUUCAUCGCGUCAACGGCCUCAGAAGCCAACUCGAACUGGUGCCAAAGACGGCGGGUCGCCACAAGUACGUGUUCAAGUCCAUCGACGACGCCGUGUAUACCGGGUUGCCACUCGACGGGCCCGACAAGGUUCUGGAACAGGUUGUCAAGCCUGCCGCCUCGGCGCUAAUUGCGAGCCGGGACAAGGAAAUCAGCGCUUGCCUGGACUCUCAGGUUGAGGUUGAUGUUGAGCUUCACGGGGACCCGCCGUUCAAUCUCGAAUGGGAAAUGGUUCACGACGGCAAGCGCAAGGCCGAGCGCGCCAACGACAUUCACGACAGACGCUACAGGAUCAAGACCUCCAGCCUGAACAAGGGUGGCGAGUACAUACUUGCCCUAAGCAGUGUUCAAGACCAGCGGGGUUGUCGUACGUUCUUGCAAGAUCAGCUCAAGCUUUCGGUCCGCAGGCAACGGCCGCGGGGUGGCUUCGGGCUUGUUGAGCAGAAGAACAGCAUCAUGGCAGUCGAGUCCGACACUCCGCUUCGGCUGCCGCUGCGACUUCAGGGUGAAGCUCCCUGGAUCAUUUCAUACCGCAAUCUCAACGAGAGCGGGCAGGUCCUCACGAAGACGGCCACGGGUGCCAACGACUACCUGAUGGUCAAGUCCCGAGGCAUUUACGAAAUUGUCAAUGUCAGGGACAAGCAAUGUCCCGGCAUUGUUGACGAGGCCGCCUCGAAGUUCAAGGUCGACUGGUUCCCUCGCCCCCAAAUGUCCCUCGUUCAGACCGAGAGUACCUCCGGAUCAAGAGAUGUCUUUGUCAAGCAGGAGGUCUGUGAAGGUGACAUAGAUGGCUUCGAGGUGCAGCUUCAAGGUUCUCCCCCUUACCAUGUCGAGUAUGAAGUUAUCCACAAGUCUGUCUCAGGAUCCAGCGCAACGCUCCAGAAAAGGUUCGACGCUGCACUACCCAAGGCGGGCAUCUCCAUGGACACAAGCAAGGCAGGCUUAUACAAGUACCGGUUCUUCGGCCUGGCGGACAACCUCUACAACAACGACAAGAGUUUCAACGAGCUCAUCGUUGAGCAGCGGGUCAAUGCCAAGCCAUCUGCAUCUUUCACCAAGCCCGGCCAGUCCUUCAAAUACUGCGUGCAGGAGCAAGAGCAGGAAGAUAAGAUUCCCAUCACGCUCACCGGUGUUGCGCCGUUUUACAUCGAGGUCGAAAUCAAGCACCAGGCCGGAUCUCCGCCUGAGACGUAUCGUGUCUCGUCCAUCAACUCCAAUUCGUACCGCAUGCCGAUCCCGCGAGAGCAUCUCCGUCUCGGCACCCAGCAACUUCGCAUUCGAAGGGUUCGGGACGCCCGAGGCUGCCAACAGAAGUACGAAAUUGGCGCUCCAUCGAUCCAGAUCCAGCUAUACGACGCACCGUCAAUUUAUGCGCUCGAAUCGAGGGAGGACUUUUGCGUCGGUGAACGUAUUGCGUACACCCUCUCGGGGACACCGCCGUUUGACAUCGCAUACGAAUUCAAUGGUCGUUGGAACGCCAAGUCUCAAACGACCAACUUCCGACGCAUCGCGGAGAAGGCGGGCGUCUUUACCAUCACGAGCAUCUCCGACAAGGCCAGCGAGUGUCGCGCUGCAGUCAACCUGCGCAAGACGAUCCAUCCGCUGCCCAGCGUCCAAAUCAGCCGCGGAAAGGUGGCUCGCGUGGACAUUCACGAAGGCAACGAGGUGAAUAUCUUGUUCGAGUUCUGGGGCACGCCACCCUUCGAAUUUACCUACACGAGGAGUACCAACGCCAGAAAGGGCCAACGCAGCGUCGUUCUCGAGACGCGACACGACGUCUCGUACGAGCGCAGCAAGGUCGUCAAGGCCAGCCAGGAGGGCACGUACGAGGUGGUGGCGAUCAAGGACAAGUUCUGUUCCUUCUCAACACAGCAGGUGGAGAAAAGAGAUGCUCGACUGUAGAGCCGUCGACAUUUAGGCAUCUAGCGCUACGAGACGGAAAGGCAGGGCAGCCGGCGAGCUGCUGCGGGAUGAGAUGGGAUGGGUGACUGACCCGAAAGAGGUCUUGUACAUAUGCAUCUAUACCAUGGCACGGCACGGCGUUUUUUGAGUAGGGGUCAAUCAGGGUGGUCUGCAGAACGAUGUUGUAACGAGGAUUUCUGCCCUUGCUUCCAUGUUUCACGCAGUUUAGAUGAAAUGUUCUCGUGAAUGGUAUCGAUUGAUGCGAGCCGCCCGUGGGCUAUAUACAAC